CUGUCAAGUGAUGACAACGUCCUUGACUAACCUGAGUGACUAACUCGAUUUUGCUGCAUUUCGUCGUAAAACAGUUUAAUCUAUACGCUGAUAUCUGUUGUGAUUGUCCAGUAAUAAAACAAUUAUCACAUUUAAACACACCGUUCCUUAACAUUAAAUAUGGAGAGUUUCUCAUCCUACCAAAAUGGCAGUUCGAAUCGGGAACAGGAUUUCCAGAAGCUUUCACAAACAAUUGGAACAAGCAUACAGAAAAUCUCACAAAAUGUAUCAUCUAUGCAGAGAAUGGUCAACCAGAUUGGAACUAAUCAAGAUUCACAGGAGUUACGGAAACAAUUACAUAACAUUCAACAUUAUACACAGCAGCUAGUGAAAGACACAAGUGGAUACAUCAAAGACUUGCAUAAUGUCCCAGCAUCUCUCAUACAAUCAGAACAGAGGCAGAGGAAGAUGCAAAAGGAGAGAUUGCAAGAUGAGUUUACCACUGCAUUGACCAUGUUUCAGCAAGCACAGAGGAGUGCUGCCAGUAAAGAAAAGGAAGAGGUGAACAGGGCCAGGGAGAAGAACUACAGUGAUAUUUUUUCCAACAAGAAAGAACAACAAUUGAUUGAGCUUCAAGAUAGUAAUGCAUCUAGGCAGCAACAGCAACAACAGGUGAUGCAAGAGGAACAAGAAUUACGGGUGCUUGAAGAACAGGAACAGUCCAUUAGACAGUUGGAGAAUGAUAUUCAAGAUGUGAAUCAAAUAUUCAAAGAGCUUGGUGCAAUGGUUCACGAACAAGGCGAAAUUGUUGAUAGUAUCGAAGCGAGCGUUGAGCACACUGAACAUUAUGUAUCGCAAGGCGCUAGUCAGCUGCGAGAGGCAAGCACUUACAAAAACAAGAUCCGUAAGAAGAAAUUAUACCUAGCAAUUAUUGCUGCUGUUAUUCUGGCAGUGAUAAUUAUUAUUAUUGCAUGGCAAUCCAACUAAAUUCUGCUGAUUCACCAAUGUUUUAUUUCGAUUGCAACUGUAGUGAAAGUUGCUUUUAGUUAAUCAUGUUUCACUUGCUUUAACUCUUAUAAAACUUUUCCUGAUGAGUGUAUAAUUUAUUCUGGGAUGUUUUAAUAUUUAAUAUGAUUACUGAUAUUCCAUACGCGAACGUAUAUAAUACCUAUAUUAACCGAAAUAUUAUUGCACAUUCUAUUUUUAUAAUUAUUUUAUUGCAAAUACUUAUACAGAUCUAUAUUGGAUGAGUUGGAACUUUGUUAAACUGACUUUAAUGAAUUUCAGAAACUUGAUUAUUAAUUUAUUAAUGUAUGAUAUGAUAAUGCUGUAAUAUAGGAAUAGUCAAUAACUGUGAUUUGGUUAUUGGGAUUUAUUAUCUGAUGUUGAAUAAAUUUGAGCUUCAAAAUAUAAGAACGAUAAAUUAAGAGAUGGUCAUAUGUAAAUUAUGUUAAUCAUAAAAUACAGUAAUAAAACCAACAGAUAACUUCUCAA